GCCAAAUCAGGAAAGGCCGCCAUCAGGGCCGCCUUCAUUAGACUCGUUUGCUUCUGCCGACUUCACCCACCACCAACUCACUCUUCCAACCUUGAAUCUGCCUGGAGCAGACAGCUAAACCUGCUACAGAUUAUAGGCGUCAGCUCCCUGUAUACCGACUUCUACUAAGUUGUUGACGGUUGCUCUUUCCUUCUGGACAUACCCUCGAAAAAAAAAUUCUCCUUUGUCCGCUCCCGCCCUCCUGACCGCUCGUCGCUACUCUCAACUCGUCGUUCGCACGCUUCUUACCUCUUUCUCACUUCCCCUACUCUCAAACUCGGUCUUGAUUGCUUGUGAACAUAAUGGCUGCCGUCGCGGAGAAUAUACCACCAGUGAGCAAUGAUAAAGUCGCUGUCGAUGACUCGGUAGCAACUGAACAGAAGGAGCAGACAGAACAAACCACGAAGACCGAACAGAGCAAUGGAGAUGCUGUUACAGUCUUCCAUGACCCUGAGCACUUCAACGUGAAGCAUCCUCUUAUGCAUAAAUGGACUCUUUGGUUCACCAAGCCUCCCAGCGGAAAGGGCGAUAACUGGACUGAACUAUUGAAGGAAGUUGUCACAUUCGACUCUGUGGAAGAGUUUUGGGGUAUUUAUAACAACAUUACGCCCACUUCCGAGCUCGGCCUGAAGGCGGACUAUCACUUGUUUAAAAAGGGCAUCAGGCCCGAGUGGGAGGACCUGAAUAACAAGCACGGUGGCAAAUGGUCCUAUUCGUUCAAAGACAAGCGUUCUGUACCGAUCGACGAGCUAUGGCUACAUGCGCAACUUGCAGCGAUCGGCGAGACGCUAGAGAAUGAUGGUGACAAUGAGGUUAUGGGCGUUGUUGUCAACGUGCGCAAGGGAUUCUACCGUAUCGGUCUUUGGACCCGGACAGUGGGCAAGAGCAUCCCGGGUGAAAAGAACGGCCGCACCCCAGCCCAGGGCAAGGAAGUCCUCGAGAACAUCGGCCGACGGUUCAAGGAGGUUUUGCGAUUGAAAGAUGCGGAUGUUGUGGAGUUUUCUGGACAUACGGACAGUGCGCACAGUGGCAGCACGAGAGCCAAGGCCAAAUAUACUGUCUAAUGGACUAGACGAUAUGUGAAAAACAAGGGCACUUAUUGUGUCAUUUCUUCAACGUCGAUUUUACGGACAGAUCCUUUUUCCGGGGCGGUUCAAAAGUAUUAUGAAAUCAUAGGUUGAUUCGAAUGAAUACUGAUGGCAAGGGAGUUAAUAGGUUCUAACUGCUUCUCGCAAUGAUAGCCUCAGGUGAUCGGAGGUUUCUCCACACGACCUGUAUUUUACCUGAGCGAAAGACACCCUAUCCCUUAUGAGUCUUCUGAAGCUACUCUUUGUUAUUCCCCGUUUUCGUUUUUUCUAUGUCUCUACUCUCAUACAUCUUCUAUCCAUGAUUGUAUUCUCGUCUUUAGUGUAUUACAGCGAACGGAUACUCAGGUUAUUAUAUUCCAGCUUGGAUUGUCUUUGUAUCAGGCUGUACGCUGUAGCUAUCUAGAUUAUUUACACCAUCAGGAGCUUAAGUCCACAGCACCAGAAAAAUUGAAGAUCUAUUACUCG